AUGAGUACAAUCUCCGAGCUAUGGAAGCUCGAUACCUUAGAUGCCGCCAAAGAAUACCUGACCUGCCCAGAGAAUAAUCUGCAUCUACAAAACUUCAUCGAUAAUACUUUCUCCCAACAUGCAGAUUCCAACAAUUGGAUUGACUCGUUCAACCCACCAACCGGGGAGCUCCUAGCCAAGCUCCCUCGAAGCGGUGCAUCCGAUGUAAGCCGCGCCGUCAAGGCUGCCUCGCAAGCGUUCCCGUCUUGGUCGAACACCCCGCGACAAGAAAGAUCAGAGAUCCUUCUUCGGAUCGCCGCCAUCAUCCAAGACAAAAAGGAAUUGUUCGCGGUAUGGGAAAGCAUUGAUCAGGGAAAGACGUUGGCGCGGGCCCGAGUCGAAGUCGACCGUGCGGUGUCGAAUUUCCGGUCAGAACACUGUUUCCUUGAUUUAAUUGAUUUAAUUUCGUUACGAAUACUGAUUGGUUUUUGUGUUACAUAUUCCAGAUACUUCGCGACUUACAUCCUCCACGAUGAAGGCUCAGCACGCUUUGUUGAUGGCAAUCCUUCCACCCUCACAUACGAACACCGCUCGCCCGUCGGCGUCUUCGCGCUCAUCUCACCAUGGAACAUGCCACUAUACCUCCUCACAUGGAAAAUCGCCCCAUGCAUUGCCUUCGGUUGCACAGGUGUCGCAAAACCCAGCGAAGUAACUAGCAUGACCGCAUUCCUACUCGGCGAAGUAUUCCGACAAGCCCACCUCCCACCCGGCGUGAUGAACAUCAUCUUCGGCGACGGCCCAGUCGCCGGAUCAACACUUGUCAAAUCACCGCAUGUCCGCGGCGUCUCGUUCACAGGCGGCACAAAAACAGGCAUCAGCAUCCGCCGAGACACGAUAGAAGAUAUCGGCAAACAUCUCUCCCUAGAACUAGGCGGUAAAAACCCGACACUUGUCUUCGACGAUGUCGAUCUUGACCAGGCAAUUCCGACAGCCGCACAAGCCGCGUUCGAAAACAGCGGACAAAUCUGUCUGUGUGGAUCACGGAUCUACGUCCAUCGCGCUAUCUACGAGCGGUUCCUGUCCGCCUUUGUCGACUAUGUGCUGCGCCAAUAUAGGUGUGGGGAAACGGUUGGCCCGGUUGUUUCUCGGGCUCAUUACGAUAAGAUUCGCUCGUAUCUUUUGCUGGCGCAGAGUGAGAAUGCGACCUUCCUUACUGGUGGCGUUCCUGAUGAGGUCCCGGCGGGCGGGUACUGGAUUGCGCCGGUUGUGCUUGGCGAUGUUGGGACUGGGAGUGUCGUUAUGCGCGAGGAAAUUUUUGGACCGGUGGUUACGGUUUCUCCGUUUGAUACUGAGGAAGAGGCUAUUGGACUUGCCAAUGAUAACCCGAAUGGAUUGGCUAGUAUACUGCUGACGAAGGAUGGAUCCCGGAUGCGCCGGGUUGGGGAACGCAUCGAUGCUGGACUGGUGUGGGUUAACUGCUGGCUUGUGCGGGAGUUGGGCACGGCAUUUGGAGGUAUGAAGGCGUCCGGGACUGGACGGGAAGGCGGCUCGCAUAGCCGUGAUGUUUUUACGAAUUUGCGGACUCUUCAUAUUCGGUAG